AGCAGCAAACAGCGCAAGUGCGCAACACUAGUAAAGAUCGAUCGAUCCACCGAGUAGUAAGGAAGACUAAGAGGAAGAAGAAAGAUGGCGGCGGGGGGCGUGUGGGUGUUCAAGAAUGGGGUGAUGGAGCUGGAGCAGGAGGCCACGAGCAGGAAGUCGCUGGUGUACGUGCCGGCGAACGAGACGAUGCGGUCGCUGGAGGCGCUGGAGCGGCGGCUGGGGUCGCUGGGGUGGGAGCGCUACUACGAGGACCGCGCCAUCGUGCAGCUCCACAAGCGCGGCGGCGUCGACCUCAUCUCCCUUCCCAGGGACUUCUCUAGGCUCCGCUCCACCCACAUGUACGACGUCGUCGUCAAGAACCGCGACCACUUCAAGGUCGUCGACCUCUAGACAUGCAUAUGCGCGCCUAAACUUCCCCAACUCAACUAGGUAUAUAUCCAUACAUACAUAUUAUUACCUCCGUCUCAAAAUAUAAGACGUUAGAGGCGGGGGUAGUACAAAUAAACGCGGUGUGUGUUGACGUGUUUGUGUGAUGUAACUGUGUACACGUACCUACGGUUCGUGGAGAUAUAUACUAUGUCUAUAUGAUUGUAAGAAUAUGAAAAUAUAGCUUUCAAAAAGUAUGAUGUAUCUAGCUUCCUUUUCCGUGGAAUAAAAUGAAUGAAAGA